GCAUCGAAGAAGUCAGCGACUGGGGCAACCAGCGCUUGACUGGAAUCCGCAUCGACGACGACGUCGUGCGCUGCGACGUGGCGGUCGUCGCCAUGGGUCCAUGGUCGGUGUUGGCGGAGGACUGGUUCCAGGGAUUUCGCGUGCCGCUCCUCGGAACAUUGGGCUCCAUGGCAUUCUAUGAUCGACCUGCUGGCAGCAUUCACAGCGCCAUCGCCAUCUCUCAACAAGAUGACGAAGGCCGCGAUGUCAUGGUCACUGCUCGAGCUGAUGGCAAGGUCACCUGCCUCGGGGUGCAGGGCGGCCACAAGGUGCUGACUGGUCAGGACCUUCGACAACUCAACCCGGAGGAUGUGCUUCCUGUCCAGGAGGAUCUUGAGGCUGGUCGCAAUGCCUUCGAGCGAUUGUCGUCGCUGACUCGCGGUGAGGCGCCGGCCUCGAUCGGAGCGGGCGUGCGUUCCGUGAUGACGAACCGCGCGCCGAUGAUUGGACGGAUUCCAGGCUACGGGGGCACGGCCUACGUGGCCUGUGGCCACAAUGCUUACGGGAUUCUCUGUGGUCCCAUCACAGGCAAGGCACUUGCUGAGGUGAGACAGCUUCAGCUACUGAAGGGGCGGCUCGAAUAUCGGCUGGAAGAAGGACAAGGCCCCAGCUCUGGCUGGGUUUCUGUGGCCCUCGCCGGGAAGGAGCUCGUGGUCCGAGCCGAGGAGGCGCCGGAAGAGUCUGGAGAUGAGGAAUGGGAGGUUGUCGGAGGCACCAACCCCGAUGGCAUUAUUGUGAGGCUUCGUCAACUCGAGCUUUGCGAGGGCCGCCUCUGCUUCGAGCUUCUCUCGGGCGAGGGGCCUCGGCGUGGAUGGGUCAGCCUGCGUGCCGCAGGCCGCGAACUGGUGCGUAGGAGAAGGGAGCCGGAGGAAGGGGCAACAGAACCUUUGCUCAACACUGAUUACAUGGGAACUCUGCGUGGGGCUUGUCGUGGCUGCCAGCGCUGCAACCUCUGGAGGUUCACCUCCCUUUCGUCGAUCGAGUGGGGUGGCCCAGACACAACCACGACGAUAGACGACCGCAGGCACGCCUACGACAGGAAGAUGCGGGGCUACCAGGAGAAGCGUCGUGGCUUCAGUGCUCGGUGCCAGAAUUGCCGUUGUCCUGCUGAGGAGCACCUAGACUUGUCGGGCUGGCUGUGUGCGGUGCAGAAGGCUGCACGGCCAUUUCGCGAGACCUACGAGGAGGCGAUUCGAAAGGAUCCUGCAUAUCGGCACCUCGGCCGAGCCGUUGGCAGUGCCAAAACUCGGACACUGCCCAGACAUGCUACAAUUCCCGCAGCCGCAUUGGAAUGGCCCGUUUUCGACGCAGCUAUCUACCUUCUGUCCCUGGGUUUUUUCGACCCGCGUCUGCACGGACGGACUGGCCAAGGAGACCAGGGUCUGCGAGACGCACCAGGCAAGCACCUGGUGUCUGUGGUUUGCCCGACCAGCGAGAAGCGACAUAACUUUCAUCCACUUCUUUACGAGAACUUCCGUACACAGAGCUAUGAGCCGAAAGAGCUCAUUGUGGUUGACACCGGGUCUCGACCCUCGCCCUUUCUCCUUGACAAGGUCCAGUCUGACUCAAGGGUUAUUUAUCGACACUUCACCGUAGACGACUCUCGCGACACAGACCCCAUGUCGGCCGUCUUAGUGAACGAUGGCCUCUCGCUUGUAACGGCCGAAGACGUGAAACGCAGGCGCGGCAUCUGCUUCAAGCCCAAGACGGGCUGGUCCCUGGGAUUUAAGCGUAAUCUUUGUGGCCACUUGGCCCGAGGUGUCGUCAUCGCACACUUCGACGAUGACGACUUGUAUGCUCCAGAUUAUCUCUCGCGCAUGGUUGAAGCCUUGUUCAGCGCAUUUGGAGGCCAGCUGGUUGUAGCUCCGGCAUUAAAGGCUGCAGCCACGCUUUCGGAGUGGCACAUGAUGGAGGUCAAGGAGCAACAGUUUGGCUUCUUCGACCCGAAGACCGACCCCUUAGUGGAGGCUCCCAUGCGGGAGUCUUUUCAGUACGGCUAUGGGUUCUCCUUGGUCUACACCAAGAGCGCCUGGGAAACUGUACCCUUCCCGGACGUGGAGUGGUCAGAGGAUGGCGAGUUUAUGGGCCGCCUGCAGCUGCAGAAGAUUCCGAUUCAGCUGGUGUGCUCGCGAGACUGCCAUGACGGUCUGGCAGCACAUACACACCAUUCCGACUCGACCAGUGGCGGCGAGAUGUGCGGGAAUGUUCGCCUCGGCUACGCCGUGCCAGUCCCAGAUGCCUUCCGGGCCCUGCUCCCCGUGGCCCGCAAAGUGGCUCUCGACACCAACGUCCGUCGUGGCUCCCAGCACCCUCUGCGCGCCGAGAUGCAUCGAGUCUUGGACGGCUUCGGCCAGGCACCGAGUGAAGUGCGUUGGCAUGAGAAGGAACUGUUCCUGAAGCGCAACCCCGACUUCGGACAACGCCCGCCUGCGACGCCGCAGUACAAGGAGUGGAGUGGCCAAGUUCGAGGUGGCUUCGGAUUCGGGCUAAGCUACCGCGGACCUUGGCUGAGAGUCUCUUAA